AUGGCCAAAGAAGAGAUUAAAAGCAAAGUAGUUACUUCUACUGAUGUUUUAAGGUACAUUCCAAAUUUGAUUGGAUAUGCCCGUGUUAUUACUGCCAUCAUUUCCUUUUUGACUAUGCCAAGGUAUCCUACCAUGACAGGUUUGGUGUAUGCAGUUUCCUGCUUAUUGGAUGCUGCCGAUGGUACAGCUGCUAGAAGAUACAACCAAGUAAGUCGCUUAGGGGCUGUUUUAGACAUGGUUACAGAUAGAGCCACGACUGCCGGGUUGAUCUGCUUCUUAACCCUCGCUUUCCCAAAUCUAGCAUUUUUCUUACAAGUUUUGUUAGCUUUAGAUAUUUCUAGUCAUUAUAUGCACAUGUAUGCUAGUUUAAGCAGUGGUUCCGGUUCCCAUAAGACCGUCUCAAAAGAGUCAUCCAAAUUAUUAAAUUUGUACUACAGCAGAAGGGAUGUUCUAUUCACUGUCUGCUUUUUCAAUGAAUGUUUCUAUGGUGGUCUAUACUGGUGUGCCUUUGACAACUAUCACACCAUUGGUAAAUGGGUUGUGAUCAUCAGUACACCAUUAUUCCUCUUCAAACAAUUUGCCAAUGUCAUUCAAUUGCAAAGAGCAGCUCUAAUUUUGGCUAAUGCUGAUGCUAAGGAUGCCACUGAAAAAAGUAAGAAGUAA